CACAACUUUAAUCGUUAGCCUCUUAAGGUGAUUUCAAGGAAGGAUUAUGGUUUUGGUUAAGACCAGAUAAGAAAUAUUGACAAAAUGGUGCUGUCCAUUUAACCAUUUAUCUCUUUCUUACAAGCUUAAAAAAUUGGAUUUUGAAGUGAUUUAUGUAAAUAUUAUUGAUCCAUCAGGUUGUAUAAUGCAUUUUAAUUUCACACCUAGUCAAGGAGGAACUAACUGUAACAACUUGCUGGGUUGUUAAAUCCAUAACAAUGUAUUAAUAUUUAGUGAGGUAACCAUUUGUUUUGUUGUGUCAAACUUGAUAAGCAUAGUAACUUUUGCUGCCAACAAGUGUGUCUUUGUAAAAACUACAAUAUUUGCUUCUGAUGUGCAUGAAGUGGAGUUUUAAAGUAGCAUUAGAUGGAAAACAUAUCAAGUAAAGUGCUUCAAAAUAAGUAGGACUUCUAUACACUGUAACAAAUGUAGGGUUCUACACAGGGAAAGUGUGUGUGUGUGUGUGUGUGUGUGUGUGUGUGUUUAGGUUGCUGUGUUUCCUUCCUUGUGUAAAAAUGAAACCUAUGUGGUUUUCCUAGAUAUGAAGCCAGAAAUAAACAUGUCUGUAACAUCAUGGUAUAAUUUAGUACUCUCUUCCAGCCAAAGAGAGUAAAAGCUCAUUUUAUGUGAAAUCUAACAAUGUAAUUUUUAAUCUGUGUUGAUAAUUUGCCACCUAAUCUACAACAAACUCUGUAUUUAAAAGACAUAACUGAUAUUAGAAUUGAAUAAUUGAAACCUUUUGAGUUUAUGGUCAAAUGAACGCGAAGGCGGGGCUUGAUAGAGCUUUCUUUCUUUUCUUCAAAGACAGGACCGAGCAGUUAAAAAAAAAAUAGGCCGAUGAGAGCAACACUCCCUCUUGACUUCGCUGAAGGAUGAUGAGCCAGCGGCGUGGGAUCCAUCUGGACCAAUCAGAGCUGCUUUGCAAAAAAGGAUGUGGUUUUUAUGGCAACACUGCUUGGCAGGGCCUGUGCUCAAAGUGCUGGCGAGAGGAAAAUCAACGAGAGAGGCAAAAACAGAUUCAAGAAGACUGGGCACUUGCUGAGAGGCUGCAGAGAGAGGAAGAGGAAGCGUAUGCAAGCAGGCAUCAGAAGGCCCAAUCACAGCCGACCAUCACACCCCUCAACAAGUUUGAAGAAAGAAAAACUAAGGAGAAGUCCAGCAAAGUCAACACAGUCACAAAGUUUUUUAUUCCUUCCACAAAAACACCACCAAAAAAAGAUGCUGUUCCUUUUGACACACAGUCCAGCCCAAGCCCGAGCUCCUCUUCAAGCCGACACUCCUCUGUGGAUAGUGACCACGCAACACGAGAGUUCAUUGAUUUUCUCAAGCCUUUGAAGUCUGGCAGGGAGAUCUUCAAACAGUGCCGGGCCUUCACUGAGAGCAUGGUCUACAAGCGGGACAUGGGUGCUGAUGAGCUGUCAGAGUGUGUGCAAGACUUCUACCAGAACCUCUCAGAACGCCUCCAGACCCAGUUCAAAGGUUCAACAGAUCAUGUAGAGAGUGUUAUGGAUGAAGUAGAGAAGUAUAUGAUGACUCGUCUCUACAAGGAAGUCUUCUGUCCUGAGACCACAGAUGAUGAGAAGAAAGAUCUGGCCAUUCAGAAGAGAAUCAGGGCCUUGCACUGGGUCACCAUUGAGAUGCUGUGUGUUCCUGUAGAUGAGGAGAUCCCUGAGGUUUCUGACAGCGUAGUCAAAGCCAUCACAGAUGUGAUUGAAAUGGAUUCAAAGCGCGUGCCCAAGGACAAGUUGGCAUGCAUCACUCGUUGUAGCAAGCACAUCUUCAACGCCAUCAAAGUCAGCAAGAAAGAGGCUGCAUCUGCAGACGACUUCCUUCCCACGCUCAUCUAUAUUGUGUUGAAAGCAAACCCUCCACGACUGCAGUCCAACAUCCAGUACAUCACCCGCUUCUGCAACCCCAGCAGGCUCAUGACUGGAGAGGAUGGUUACUACUUCACUAACCUGUGCUGUGCUGUGGCCUUCAUUGAGAAGCUGGAUGGUCAGUCUCUGAACCUGAGCUCUGAGGAGUUUGAGCUCUACAUGUCAGGCCAGGCAUCUCCCCACUGGCCACAGGCCACUGGGGCCUCUUCCUGCUCCCCAGGCAACACGGCUCUCAAUCAGGUCCACAAACGCCUGGACCUGCUAACAGGGCUCGGUGAAAGACAGGAGCGCGUCAUGGAGAAGGCUCGCCAACUGGAGAGCGACCUCAUCGACUGGACAGACGAAGUGGAACAGAAAGUGCAGAGCGUCCUGGAGAGCUAUCCACCAGAGACACAAAACCCCACUGCAACCACAGCUAGUGGGACAACGUCCACAGCAUCAUCAGCAAUCGACUCUGAUAACAUUGAGAAUGAGCUCCUGCCUCCACCACUGCAGCCACAAGUGUUUGCUGGUUGAUGUGUAGAGCUCUGCUCUAAAAGAAAUCUAGAGGCUUUACUCCACCCUCCCCCUUUUCCCUGCUGUUACACUUUGUUGUUCAUAUGGACAUACAGCAGCCAUUUGAUAUGGAUCCCAUCACCACUCCAGACAUCUUGAUUCCAUCCAUCCAUUGUCCUGGAGGAACUGAAACACUGAAAAGUAAUUAAACAGUUGUUAACAGAAUAGUUUGGCAUUUGGGGAAGUGCACUUAUUAGCUUUCUUGCAGAGAGUCUGUCUAUGCGGUAAAAAGUCACAACAUCCACCUACAGACACCUGCUCAACUUAUCACUUCUCGCUUGUUUAGUUUGUACUACAAGCGAGUGAAAAAAUUACAGCUUAUUUUGCUUUUUGUGUGGAUUUGUGAGGUAGAGGUGUAGAGGUGCUAGUAGAAGAUUUUUUAAAACCUGUGGACAGAGUUACCUGUGGACUCUUUAUGCUAAGCUAAACUAGCUGUCUCCUGGCUCCAGCUUCAUAUUUAACGGACAGACAUGAGAGUGCCAUCAGUCUCCUCAUCUAACUCUCAGCAAGCAUUUCCCAAAAAUGUCAAACUAUUCCUUUAACGUCAGGUAACAUGAGGCAGAGUUGCAGAGGCCAAGUACACUCUGAGCAUUUGGUCCUGGAUCUGUGGUAAACCCCUGAUGUUCUGCGUCUAUUAUAGUUGCAGUGCAGUUUCAGAACAAGCAGAGCUGUACUUGCAUCCAUAACCCAGCCAUGUCCUUUGGUGUCCCCAGGCUAUUAAUCCCCCUCCAGUGUGCUCUGACUGUUGCUUCCUCUUAGUGGGGUUUGCAGGGAAACCUUCCACAGUGUCAUCCAGGAGGUGUCCUGGCCACCUCAGCUGGCUCUGACUCCACUCCAAGCUCUUCCCAAACAUCUGAGUUAGUCACCCACAGUGGCAUCCUCAGUACCUCAGUACUUCUUCAUCCUUGUUAUUGUUGUUAAAUUUGUGCAGACAGGAUAAAUGGUUGGAUGUGAUUUUUAAACAUGUUUCUGUUAUUAUUCACAACUUUCCAGAGGAAAGGAUUUUAUCAUUAUGUUGUUAUGUGUCCAUGUGUAAAUUGUUAAGUGGAGGCUGGAAUUUGACACACAGAGCCCUACUGCCUACUGAGUGACAUCCAAUAAUAUGACAGUCAAAUUCAGUGAAAUAUGUUUUUCGGAAAGGAAAUGGAAAUCUGAAUGAUUCGCAACUUAACUUCCCCUCACUAAAAUAACCCCCCAGCUCAUGCUCGUGAUCUCUGCUCUAUUUACUGUGUGUUUCCCUGUCCCGUGGAGAAAUUUCCUCAGAGAAAAGAGUAUUUGCGCUUGUAGUGGUUGUGCAUGCGGGCUUGUGUGGGUGAGAGGGUGUUGCAUGGACAUGUUCCGUUAAUGUCGGUAAAUCAUAAAGUCCUCCCGCUGUGUCUGUGGAUGUAUGUUGUUGUCUCACUCCAGUCAUGAGCUGGUUGUACAGAAGUGAUUUUAUUUUUCUAUAGAGUGGCAGAUAUCAAUUCUUCUGGAUGCAAUAGGAGACAUUAAUCCUGUAAUAUUUACAGUAGUACUCUUAUAAAAGAAAAUAGUUUGAAGACAUGCAACAUGAAGUCUAAUGGUUGAAGAGUAAAAUGUUCAUCUGUUCACCUGUCUUCUCAAGAUGGUGUCCUAAGCAUGUCCCAUCAGAAAAAUAAAAAUCUGUCUUUUUAAGUUACUUAUAUUAUUAUUUUGCACUGUCAGAGCUGUUGGAUUAACUAAGUAACAAGGCAAAGAUGAUGCUGGCUCCCAUAAACUCAAGACAUUAAAACCCCUGACCCCUGUUGUACUAGUGCAGAAAAAUCAACAUUAACCAGUUUAAUUUACUUUAUUUUAGCACUUUUCUUCCGUUUGAUUUUAAAGCUCUUAACUCAAUACAUUGAAUGAAGGAAGUAGUUGUUACAGUCAGUUGAAAGGAUAACUGGUGAAAACAAUGAUGUGGGCUGUUGCCACACAGAUGUUUUUUAAUUGUCUUUAUGUGUAUGUAGCAGUCAUGAAAUGUUUGGGAGAAAGAUGUAAAAGGCACAUUAUUUUUCUUUGCUCAUUAGGUAACGUUUCUUUACGUUGGUAGUUUUGAAUCAUUUUUUAAGUUCAUGUUUGCAACAGUAUAGUCAGUGUGCAGUUGCUUUCCGAGUUAAGUUUGAGAAGAAGCUUUUAAUGCAAACAACAGCUUGAAUAACUUCAUAUUGCACUGUAUGCAGAAGCCAUUUUUGAGGUAUUUUAAAAAGUCUGAAACAUCAUCUUUGUACCUUAUAGGUUUGUUAUUGUAUCACAUGGGAGAAAGUAACUUAAUACUGUCUUUUAUUUAAAUGUAACUUAUUGGGGCAGUAUUAGUAUAUUUGCAUCUAUGGGUGUGUGAUGAUGAUUAAUAAAAAUUGAAAAUGCAUGAUCGCUCAUGCAGUUCCUGUUCAUGUUGUUUCACAUGACUGUCAUGAGUUUGCAAGUUAGGAUUAAAUAAAGAGUCAACACUGAGAAUUUUA